AUGUCAAGGCUUGCCAGAAAACAGUGGAGCCAUGGCAAUGAAGUCACUAUCGCAGACUGGAUGCAAGCCGGCUUGGGCUAUUUGGUCGGCCCAGCAACCAAGCCUAGCGUGUCGAUCGUACAGCCGUCGCGACACCCACAGCAUGGUCGUUAUGACAGUGACCGUCACAACCGAGAAAUUGAUGCAGUCGACACAACAGCUGGGAGCGAUAACAACCGACUGGGAUCUUGGCCAGGCCCAGCGCCCAGGACGAGCGUGUUGUGCGGCGAUGGAGGCUGCGCAUCUGAGGGCACGAACGUCGAAGUAUCUGAGUUAUGUUUGAGAAACUACCGUAAAGUGCCAGUCACAGGAUGUACAUUACUAGAAAACGCAAUGUGA